AGAGGGAGGGCAUUCAUUCAGCUAUCUGUACUCUUACCUGGGAGAAAGAGUGUUCUCCAUUGUUGUUGGUUUGAGCCCAGGAGGCCACCAUGGAAAUGCAGAUGGGCAAUGACGGGAUGGUGAAGGUGAAAGAGUGGCAGCAGACAUACUAUGCCGGGGACUCUGGGAUCCAGUCAGGAGCCACCACAGUGAGGACAGAUAACGAUGGGACCGAAUACAGCACCAAGCACUACAGCACCGUCACCACCACCGUCGUCUCAGAGAACCCUGCUGAAGUGGAGUCUCAGUAUGCCCUGACCCGGGCCCAGCGUGUCCGAGCGGCCAUGUUCCCAGAAACGGUGAUGGAGGGCACGGCCAUCCUGUCCACCCAGACUGACCCGUCCCAGAUGACCAACGUCCAGCGCCUGGCCGAGCCCUCGCAGCUCCUCAAGACGGCCAUCGUCCACCUCAUCAACUACCAGGAUGACGCCGAGCUGGCCACGCGUGCCAUCCCCGAGCUCACCAAGCUGCUCAACGAUGAGGACCAGGUGGUGGUCAACAAAGCCUCCCUGAUCGUCAACCAGCUGACCCGUAAGGAGGCGUCUCGCCGGGCGCUGAUGUCGUCUCCCCAGAUGGUGGCGGCGGUGGUGCGGGCCAUGCAGAACACUGGGGACAUGGAGACAGCCCGGGCUACAGCCAGCAUCCUCCACAACCUGUCCCACCAGAGAGAGGGUCUGCUCUCCAUCUUCAAGUGCGGGGGCAUCCCUGCCCUGGUCCGCAUGCUCAGUUCUCCCAUGGAGUCUGUGCUGUUCUAUGCCAUCACCACCCUCCACAACCUGCUGCUGCACCAGGAGGGAGCCAAGAUGGCGGUGCGCCUGGCCGACGGCCUGCAGAGAAUGGUGCCUCUGCUGAAGAAGAGCAACCCAAAGUUCCUGGCCAUCACCACAGACUGCCUGCAGCUGCUGUCCUAUGGCAACCAGGAGAGCAAGCUAAUCAUCCUGGCUAACAGCGGUCCGGAGGGCCUGGUCCACAUCAUGAGGAACUACAGCUAUGAGAAGCUCCUGUGGACCACCAGCCGCGUGCUCAAAGUGCUCUCUGUCUGCCCCAGCAACAAACCUGCCAUCGUGGAUGCUGGUGGGAUGCAGGCUCUGGGGAUGCACCUGACAGGCUCCAGUCAGCGUCUGAUGCAGAACUGUCUGUGGACCCUGAGGAACCUGUCUGAUGCCGCCACUAAACAGGAGGGUCUGGACAGUCUUCUUCAGACCCUCGUUGGUCUCCUGAGCUCUGACGACGUCAACAUGCUCACCUGCUCCACUGGCAUCCUCUCCAACCUCACCUGCAACAACGCUCGCAACAAGGCCAUGGUCACCCAGGGCAACGGCAUCGAGGCGCUCAUCCACGCCAUCCUGAGGGCGGGAGAGAAGGAGGACGUGGCGGAGCCGGCCGUGUGCGCCCUGCGUCACCUGACAUCGCGCCAUUCCGAUGCUGAGGUGGCCCAGAAUGCUGUGCGCAUGCAUUAUGGUAUUCCCGCUAUCGUCAAGCUGCUCAACCAGCCCUACUACUGGCCGGUCAUUAAGGCUGUGGUUGGUCUGAUCCGUAACCUGGCACUGUGCCCAGACAACCAGACCCCUCUGAGGGAUGCGGGGGCCAUCCCCCGCCUGGUCAAUCUGCUGCUCAAAGCCCACCAGGACGCCCAGAAACACGGCUCCGCCGCACAGCAGACAUACCAGGAUGGCGUGAGGAUGGAGGAAAUUGUGGAGGGGUGCACAGGGGCCCUGCACAUCAUGGCAAGAGACCCCAUCAACAGGGGAGAGAUCGCCAACAUGCAGACCAUCCCACUCUUUGUACAGCUGCUGUACUCUCCAGUGGAGAACGUGAAGCGCGUGUCAGCGGGGGCUCUGUGUGAGCUGGCCCUGGACAAACACUCUGCGGAGAUGAUCGACGCAGAGGGCGCCUCGGCACCACUCAUGGAGCUGCUGCACUCUAACAACGAGGGCAUCGCCACCUAUGCAGCCGCUGUCCUCUUCCGCAUCUCCGAGGACAAGAACUCCGACUACAAGAAGCGUGUGUCCGUGGAGCUCACGCACUCCCUGUUCAAGCACGACCCCGCCGCUUGGGAAAUGGCCCACAACGCUGUCCCCAUGGAGGCAGGCUACCCAGCAGACGAGCUGGACGCAGGCUACAACCAUUAUGGAGACUACCCUGCUGACAUGCCCAUGGAUGGGGAGAUGGGCAUGUCCGAUGUUGAAUACCAGAGCGGUGGCGUGACCUACGACAUGAGGCAACCGGGAUAUGCUGACCACUAUUAGGACAAGGACACUGAAGGGAUGAGAAGAUGAGAGAUGGGGUGAAGCAGCAGAAGAAGAGGAGAAAUCACAGAGAGAAUCUUCAAAUGGAGUGAUGUCAAUCUGUCUCUGCUCACCUCCAUGUAAUAUAUGCAAUUAUCACUGACUGUGGGACUCGGAAUCUAACAGGGCUUACCUUCUGUUUUCUAAGAAUAAUGAUGAUGAUGCACAUAGGUUUUUAGUCGAAGACGUUUUAAGGGUGUGUGUGCUUUUCGAUGGGUAAUCUAUGCCAAAGAGAUUUUAUUUUGUGAUGAUAAUCAUGUAGCUUCCUUUUUUUUUUCUCAAUACUAGUUGAAAACACUGCCAGAGGUGACUCGACAACGAUGUGUACUGUACAGCUCACCUGCUCAUGUUUCCUUUCUUCAGCCUUUGUAAUGGACACUGCUGUUUUAACUGUUUCUUUUAACACUAUUUGCUGUUAACAUUCUUCCCACUGUGUCUCUCGAGAGUCUGCAUGAGUUAAUUCACAAGUUAGUAGUGAGUUAAUUCAUGAGCUAGUGGUGUAAUAUUCUUACAUGGACUCUCACACAGUAGAAGAGAACAACCCAAUAGAUGGGAUUCUACUGGAGGCCCGAAAUCAAGAACCUUCGGUCGAAUGCUACUGACAGGGAAUUUGUCUUUCUACAUAAUGUUUUUACUUCAAUUUUGUUUAAGAAAAUAAAGAAUAUAUUAAAGUACA